AUUUUCUUAAGAGGGCUGGACCGGAAACGCUCGUGGCGCUGUAAAACACGCUGUGAAGGAAACAAGUAAUAUUAGGGGGAAACCGUUUUUUAAAGCGUGCUGACGGUAAGGACUCUCAGCUGGGACGGCCCUGCUUUCUUUUUUCCUUUUUUUCCUCUUUGCUCCUCUUCUUCUUUUCCCCAAUUAUUCUCCUGCCCCAGCUCAGCACCGCUCUGCGGGUUUUGGCUCAACACCAUUUGUGACUUUUGUUCAGCAAGAAAGAGGCGUCGAGUGCGUGCAUGCACAUUUAUUCCAAGAAAUAAAGGCAAUAAAUGGGCACAAAGGGUAAAGGGUGAUUUGGGACGUUGCAUGCGCGGUGGCUCCUGAGUACUCUCAGACAGAUUCAGAGAAGCGCCAGGAUAACAGUACAGUGGACAUAUGGACGGAUUGAUUUUCGGCUUUCCAGGGCAGAAAUGAAGAGAUUUCUCAUCCCAUUUCUGAGAUCUUGGAUGGUGGGAGGACAGUACGACCAAUGCAGGUGACAAAUGAAAGCGGAACCUAACUGUUUUCCUCGGACAAAGACAUGCAAGCAGCAGGACAUGUGCACACAGCUCAGGUGGAUCUGAUGAAGAGACGCGUUUGGGUUUUGCGAAUAUGGUUCCAUCAUCGGACAUUUUUAUUUUACGAAGACGAAUAAAAGCACAUAUUCUGGGAUGCAUUUCAUUAUAUAUUAUUUCUGCAUGUAUUGGUCUGUUUAUAAAAAGCAUGCUUGGUGUGCCAGAAUAGCCCCAAGUGCUCCAGGCAUUUUGACAGAAGGAAUUUUAUGCACUGCAGUGAAACAAUUAAACAUCCCUUCCUUCUGAAACCCAACAUCACUGCCCAACUUUAAUUUAAUAUAUAGGCCUUUUUUAUUAUUACCAUGCCCGUCCACCACUACGCAGCUCAAGCCCUGUACAUUGGCAUGGAGGUGGUGAUCGCCGUGUCCUCGGUGAUCGGGAACGUGAUGGUGAUUUGGGCAGUUAAAAUAAACAGGUCACUGAGAGACACAACUUUCUGGUUCAUCGUGUCCCUGGCUGUGGCCGACAUCGCGGUGGGAGCUCUCGUCAUCCCGCUCGCCAUCACCAUCAGUAUCGGGCUCCAGACUCACUUCUACAGCUGUUUGCUGGUGGCGUGCACAGUGGUGGUGCUCACUCAGAGCUCCAUCCUCGCCCUGCUCGCCAUCGCCAUUGACCGAUACCUCAGAGUAAAGAUCCCGACCAGUUACAAACGAGUGGUCACUCCAAGAAGAGUAGGAUUAGCGGUUGUGGCAUGCUGGGUAGUAGCCUUCAUAGUGGGCAUGACUCCUAUGCUUGGCUGGAACAAGUUACACAACCUCCAGCAACAAAAUGGCUCGCUCAGCAGUGACCUCAUCAUCACCUGCCAGUUUGAGAACGUCAUCAGUAUGGAAUACAUGGUUUACUUCAAUUUUUUCAGCUGGGUGCUGCCACCGCUGCUGCUCAUGCUUGGCAUCUACACAGAGAUCUUUUACAUGAUUCACAAGCAGUUGAACAAGAAGGUGAGCACGAGCCACACCGACCCGAACAAGUACUACGACAAAGAACUGAAGCUGGCAAAGUCGCUCGCUCUUGUCCUCUUCCUGUUUGCUGUCAGCUGGCUCCCACUUCAUAUCUUGAACUGCAUCACACUCUUCUGCCCCACAUGUAAAAACCCCAUAUUGCUCCUCUAUAUCGCAAUCUUGCUCAGUCAUGGCAACUCUGCAGUGAACCCUAUCGUCUAUGCUUUCCGAAUUAAAAAGUUUCGCACCGCGUUCCAUAGGAUCUGGAAGCAUUACUUCUGCUGUAAGGACUCUCCUCCCAUCGAAACACAAAUGAGUGAACGAAUAGAUAAUUACAGUCACGCUCCUCAGCCUGCAUUACCAGUGGAACACAACAACAUUUAACUGGAAUAGCAGGGACCUACUGAGCAGGCUGGCAUUCUGCCAAAGUUGAAUGUAAUAUGAAUGUUAAUCAUAUGCUGACUGCAGUUGUCAGAGUGUGCCCUCUUUCUGCAAAUCAAUAUUAAACAUUACUGUUCCACUGGGAUGCACACAGGGGAGGUGAAAGCAGAUCAUGCAGAGUGAAGAGUAUGAUGUGUUGUACAGGAAAUGUUUUAUAUUUGUAAAAAUGUUUACUAGGUGAUCUAGAGCAUGCAGUGUCAAACCACAGGGGGAAGUAUCACAAGAUAAUAAAAAAAAAGUCUACACUGAAUUAUUAGCACCACUGUACUAUCCAAAAUGUGCAAUACUCUCUAAAACGGUGCAUCAUCUCUUUGUUAAUCAGAAUUAGCUUUUAUCAAAGUACAAUUAUAUGAAUGAAUGUGAAUGUUUACAGUAGUUUGAUAUACUGAAAAUUGAAAUAGUUUGAUUUACUGAACACUGAAGCACAGAUAUCAGAUAUAAAAGAUUGUUAGAAAUGAUAAGGAAGAGGAAAUAUAUAUUUCAAUUGUAGUUUAUUCAUAUAACCAUUUUAGCAGUAGUCACAAAGCUGCUUUACAGAAAUCCUGAUCUAGACUGAAGCAAAAACUGGCAUCCUCAAGGAAAACCCCUAAAGUACGAUAAACCCAUUUCACACCAGACAUGACAUGGCAUGUGCAGCGAGCCUCGUUGCAUUUCAAUUCACACUGGGUACCAUUUGUUCGGCUGACCGGAAGUGAAGCAUCAUGUGGUGUAGGUGAAAUUUGGAGCGUUCAUUUCUGUGCUUUCUCUGUACCGUUCAUCAGAUUACUCGAAACAUGCAUUACUACUGUAGAAAUAAUUAGCCCAAUGGUGUAGAACUAUAAUACAAGUUUGAACAAGGCAAAGGAAGCCUAGUCUUAGCCAAACCCCAAUAUUGUCAUUUGGUGACAUAUUGUCACAUGAUGCACUGAUAUUAAAAUUAUUGGACAACAUCAAUACUAAAUAAUGUGUUUAAAAAAUAUAUUGAUACAUUGGUGGUUAUGAUUCCACUGUGUCUCUGUAAUAUAUGAAGCAUGAAAAAAAAAUCCUACUGAUGUAUGUAGAGUGCAGAUACUUUGAAUUGGACAGGCAAACUAAAAUAAACUCUUGCAUAAUGACUUAAUGACUAGAUUGAUUCAAAGAAAAACAAUAAGCUUAACAUUUAAUGGAUUGCCUUUUCUCACUUAAGCCUAAAAGAUUAAUUUAAAUGAGAACAGCAAGCUUUUUAUGAUAGCUUAUAUAUAUAUAUAUUAUGUACACAGUUAGGCAAAUCCCUUUACAGUUCCAGUUUAUUGUAAUUAAUUAAAUAUUUAGGAUUUGAAUGCCUUCAAGUAUUAAUGUGUAUUAAGCAAACAAAAUGGGUUUGUACAGCAUAAACCACAGAACUGAAUUGCUUUCUUAAGUGACAAAACUAACCAGAAAGCAGUGUAAUGAUGUGAUGAUAAUUUUGGAUGUUUGAGAUUAUUUGUCUCCGUAACGUUUAGUUGUUCUCCCAAAUUGAAAAUGCCUUCAAUUUAUAUACUCAAUAAGUAGACUGUGACAUAAAGUGCACUAUGUCCAACAGAAGGCCACAUGAAAUUUAGCUACAGAAAAAUAUUCAGACAUAGUUAAGAUUCUGAACAGCCGGCACAUUUCAACCCUGGGGGAUGAUUCAGAUGGUCAGUGACCUGCUAGACCUCAACUUCAAGGGUGUGUGCUGAUCCAGCAGGACUAUAAGUUGAAACAUGGUUUAUAUGCUGUUGUGACCAUUGGUUGACAUAUACAGUAAUUACGUAGCAUGUAUAUUAAAUUUUGUAGUGUUAGCAAGGUAGCUAGCUACGCUCUGUAGGCCACGAAAAAUAAUAAAACAGCAGCAACUCUGUCCUGCACACAAAGUGAAGAGAAUGCUAAACAGAAAUCUAUUUAGAUCAUGCACUCCUGCUCUCUUCCUUAUUCACCUUAUUUAAAAUCAUAAUCUGUGUAUUACGAUUAUGCGGCCUGUGGUUGCAGAGCAAAUUGUUUGUGCAGUCAUACGAAUUUCACCAACAUGGAGAACCAGAAUAAACAAAACAUUCUGUUUAUUCACUGA